CUUUAAACAUCAGCUCCUUCGACAGCUUCACUGGAAUUAUCACGACCAAGCUCCAUCAAGCCCCAUCGACCGGACUCGCACCGUGACCCAGCAAAGUCAUUCCAUUGAUCAUUUCCCUUCCCUUCCCUACCUCUCGCAACCCAAUCCCAAUACACCAACAAUGAUAUCCUCUCUCUCAGAGAUGGAGGACCUCAGGUCACCUCUAGACCGUCUCCCCCUGGUCAUCCAACACCCUUCCUUCUUCGAGAAUCCGACCCAACAUCUCUCCUCGUCGCGGUCGUCUUCGGCGGCGGGGCAUCAUACUUGCAUCGACGGGACACAACUUUCCCAGCCGGACUAUCGACCAAAGUACGUCGUCAACGACCGCCGCGCUCGCAAUGGCGUGGAUGCGGAUGACGCCGUGGAGCGCAAGGAUAGCGUCAUGACCGAUAUUGCCGACGCGGAUGAAUCUCUCGAGACCAAGACGACGUCUUUGUCUGUGUCACCGCAUUCGUUGUGGUCGGUUUACUCGUCCGAGUCGGGUGGUGGUGAAGAGCGGACCGAGGUGAUGAUGACGGUCCGCAAGUUGGUGAGGGAAUUUGAUGAGGAAGGGGAGAGCAGUACCGCACCCUCCGAGGAGGAGAAGAAGAAGGCCGAGGAGAUGGAGAUGGAGAAGCGUAAGAAGGAGAGGGAAGUCUGGCAAAAGGAGAUGGAUAAGCCGCAGAAGAAGAUGAACAAGAAGAGGAAGAAGAGGGAAUCCGCGACGUUGUUGUCCGGUAGUCCGUGGGGCGGCGACGCUCGAUGGGUGAAUGGUGGACGCGGGGGUAGGAAUAAUGAGGGCUACGAGGCUCCCGGGAUCUUUCUUCAACCUGAAGCUCCUCGGCCUUUGCCUCCGACACCGACUGGUCCCGUUAGCGUGUUCCCGCCCGAGCCGAAGAAGCGCAAAGAAGAGAAGAAGGCGAAGAAGGAAAAGAAAGAGGCUGAGAAGGACGAGCUGUUGGUGCUGCCCAAGGUGCCGUGGUGCCACCAGAGCGGCGGGUGCCGCCAGAAGCGCGGACGGCGGAGGAGGAAGAUGGCCGGGUUCGCGGCGCGGUCGGUCGAUUUGCUGCGUCGGCUUUUCGGCGGGGAGAGCAGGGAGAAGAAAGAUAAGAAGGGCAAGGGGAGGGCGAGGUGUCGGAUCUGUGGCGAUGAGUUGGGGUUUGCGGUUGAGCGGGCGAAGUGGCAAGAGGAUAGAGAUGCUGCUGCUGCUGCUGCCGGGGACAAGGAGUCGUCGAGCGGCGCUUGUGGACGAACGUUGGAAGCGGACACAGACAGGAAGGACAUGGAUCGAGCCGAGGCUGAUAUUACAGCGGUGGCGGAGUGUGAAUCACGUUCGACGUUGGCGGCUGUUCGUCUUACAAAGAUCCCAGAGGCGUGGUGGACGACAAUGUAGAUGGCUUUGACAUGUAGAGUCAUCUUUGUAUUGAUACCCAAGUAGUUUGUCGAGAGAAGCUUUCUCUCUCAGUCAGCAUAGCCUCAGCAUAGCCACUGAGGGCCAGCUCUUGUAAUUUCUAAUGGCUAAUAGCUAAUCAGUCCAAGCGUAUGACCUGUACCCGAAUGUUCAAGGGGUCAUCUCGUUUCCUUGGAUCAGAAUACGCCUCCGCCGAUAAUGAAGACCCGUUCCUCCUCGCGACGGGCCCAUUGAAUGACUUUGUUGGCGCCUUGGCAUCCUCGGAGACAGAAUGUAGAACGCGCAUAUGGGAGUGUU